UGGAUGUAAAUGUUUCAUCAAAGCCAGCAAGUUCGGUUGAAGCCUUCGCUUCGCCGAAAGAGCGCUCGGUACGGGGAGUGUGACGCAAUACCAGUGACACAUGAAUCACCUUUUCUAAGUCUCAUUUUUUACAUUGCCAUCCGUGCUCGCCUGCCAGCACCAGUUGUUACAUUCAGAACGUGCGCUCCGGCUCUGUUGUAGAAUGCACGCUCGGUAUUUUUGAUAAGCAUUUUAUUCAUCUUCGUUUGGAACCGAAAUAUCGAUUACAGGAGUUCAGCUAUGGUUCCAGGAUUGCGUUUGGCUGCAUGCAUUUUUCUCCUGACCAGAGCCGCAGUGGCGGCCCAGAAGCCCAACUACUACACCUUCUGCUUUUGGGACGGCUUCUCUCGCUGGCGGCCCGAGCCUUACAAAUCCACAGUUCGUGACAUCCCCGCCAAACUGUGCAAUGCAGUCGUGUACUCACACGUGACCGUCAACGAAAAGAAUGGCUGGAUCAAGCUCACCGAUAAGGAGCUGACACUCGAUCCAGAGGCAAAAUCGUAUGCCAAUUCCUUCCUCUACAACCCGAUCUGGCUUCUGCCACCCAACAGAGUCUUCGCCCAGCUUAGGGAGCUCAAAGAUCGCAACCCAAAGCUGAAGCUGCUUCUCGCUGUGGGCGGCCCUCACGAUCCAGUGGAAAAGUACUGGCAGCUCUUUCCAGAAGUGCACCUCUGGAAGGACCUGACGGAGAGCCUGGCACAGUGGCUCAGGGCGUACGACUUCGACGGCGUCGUCCUAGACUUCUUUUCGGGGUCCCAGUCGCUUCAGGAUUCGAUACGCAGUUGGGACAACGCUCUCUACAUCCAUCCGUUCGUUAGGCAAAUCAACUACGGUCUGCAAGAGCAUCGCAAGAACUGGAGUAUCACAUUCACGCUGCCGGCAUUCGACAGCACUACUCAUCACCUGUUCGACAUCGAGAAGCUGACGCAAGAAGUCAACUUCUUCUUGGUUAAAACUAGUGACUGCCUGGAAUUUCCAAAGGGCGCAUUCUUAAACGUAACAAGGACCAUGGACAUGACCGAUAUCGACAGAGCGGAGCUCAUAGUUGAGAAAGGUGCCCCACGACAGCGAAUAGUGCUCGACAUCCCGCUGUCCGGUCGAACGUACACAGCGGUGGCUCAGCCUUCCGGCACUCACAUAGUGUUCCCGGGUCACGCUGGGCCCUACACGAAGCUGCAAGGUUUUCUCGCAUUUUUCGAGUUGUGCAGCCACAUCAAGGCCGGCUGGAAGCGGGAACGCUUCGGUGAAGAGGCCUGCUCGUUCCUCAAGCAGGCUGAUCAGUACGUGUCCUACGAGGAUGACGACAGCAUACGCCGCAAGGCGAGAAUGGUAAUGGGACGGCAGUACCGCGGAGCCGCAGUCAGGUCUGUGGAUCUGGGCGACUACACCGGAAGCUGCGCGCAGAAGUCACAUCUUCUGAAGGCUCUCCGCUCAACCUUGGACAUCACCAAUCACUACGUGCACUUCUACUACGACCCGCCGAACACCACCUGGUGGGAGGACGUGCAACGACGGAGAAAGAGUGCCCCCACCGAGCCCCCAACGAGUUCGACUGCCGAGCCGAGUGCCAGUGCAACGCAGGGUCCGCCGCAAAACACGCCCGCGACCACGGAGCCGAAGGCACACACCCCUUUCGCGCCAUUCGUUCCGAGCGCGACGGAGAAGCAUUCGACGGCAACAACGGCGACUCCUGGAGCAACCACGCAAGCGGCGUCGACAACGGAAUCACUCAUGUCACGAGCGCUUCAGCAAGUUGGGCGUUUUCUAUGGUUCUUGCUCGGAAACUAUCUUGGCAGCAACUCAAGAUCAAGCACUCCGGGCCAAGCAGCGCGUACUCCGCUUGUACCAGUCAUUCCGAGCGCAAGGGAGAAGCAUUUGACGGCAACAACUGCUGCUCCUGGAGCAAGUACGCGAGCGGCGUCAACAACGGAAUCCUUCAUGUCACGAGCACUUCAGCAAGGUGGGCGCUUUCUAUGGUUCUUGCUCGGAAACUAUCUUGGCAGCAACUCCCGAUCAAGCACACCGGGCCAAGCAGCACCGCCUACCACGCAGGCUUCGCCACAAAACACGCCUGAGACCAUGGUGUCGAAUACUCGUACUCCGCUUGUACCAUCCAUUCCGAGCGCAACGGAGAAGCAUUUGACGGCAACAACUGCUGCUCCUGAAGCAACUACGCGAGCGACGUCAGCAACGGAAUCGCUCAUUUCACGAGCGCUUCAGCAAGGUGGGCGUUUUAUAUGGGACUUGCUCGGACACUAUCUUGGCAACAACUCCGGAUCAAGCACUCCGGGCCAGGCAGCGGCACCUACCACGCAGUCUCCGCCACAAAACACGCCUGAGACCACGGAGUCGAAUGCUCGUACUACGUUUGUACCAUCCAUUCCGAGCGCAACGGAGGAGCAUUCGACGACAACAAGUGCGACUCCUGGAGCAACUACGCAAGCGGUGCCAACAACGGAAUCCCUCAUGUCACGAGCGCUUCAGAAAGGUGGGCGUUUUAUAUGGGACUUGCUCGGAAGCUACCUUGGCGACAACUCCGGAUCAAGCACUCCGGGUCAAGCAGCGGCACCUACCACGCAGGCUCCACCACAAAACACGCCUGAGACCACGGAGUCGAAUGCUCGUACUACGUUUGUACCAGUCAUUCAGAGCGCAACGGAGGAGCAUUCGACCGCAACAACUUCUACUCCUGGAGCAACUACGCAAGCGGCGCCAACAACGGAAUCCCUCAUGUCACGAGCGCUUCAGAAAGGUGGGCGUUUUCUAUGGGACUUCCUCGGAAACUAUCUUGGCAACAACUCCGCAUCAAGCACUCCGGGUCAAGCAGCGCCACCUACCACGCAGGGUCCGACACAAAACACGCCUGAGACCACGGAGUCGCAUGCUCGUACUACGUUUUUACCGCUCAUUACGAACGCGACGGAGGAGCCCCAUUCGACGGCAACAACUUCUACUCCUGGAGCAACAACGCGAGCGGCGUCAACAACGAAAUCCCCCAUGUUACGAGAGGAUCAGGAUGGUGGACGUUUUCGGUGGAGGUUGCUCGGAAAUCUUAGUGACGAUCACUCCGAGUCAAGCACACCUGGUGAAGCAGCGCCACCUACCACGCAACCGGCCACAGCGACCGAUAAAAGCAGCGACCAUCUGUCUGUGACUGCGCCUGUCUCGCCUAACACGCCAACAGAGAGUCCAACGCCUCAAGUCGAAACGUCGCCUGUCCCGACUACGACGCCAUCGGUUCCUUCAACGCCUGAACUCGAGGCUUCGUCGGCCCUGCCCACAACUCCCCCAGAUCAUCCGACGCCCAAAAUCACGACGUCAUCUGCCCCGCCUACGAAGCCAGAGGAUCGUGAAACGUCUGUUGUAGUGCCGGUAACCAGGAAGAACGAAGGCGACCUCUGCAAAGGUCUCGAAAGCGACAAACUUUUGCCUCACGAGUCGGACUGCGCCAAGUACUAUCAGUGCGUCCAUUCUAACCCGAUCUUAAGAACUUGCGCGCAAGGCACUAUUUUCGACAUCCAGCGGCAGGCAUGUAAUUGGCCGACGCUCGCGAACAGGCCCGAGUGCCUUUGAAGAGCGCCUUCGUGCCAGUGCUCUAAGCAAGCACUUUCAUACGAGCGCAGCAGUACAUUGAAUGCCCAAUAAAGUUAACCGGCUCCCUUUUAAGUUAUCUCACGAACGCAGCAUUUCGUGCCCAAUGUAGGAUGCAAAUUCGUUCUGCAAAUCUUAUCGGGUCGAUUUCCACACCCUACGCCACGCGUAAUUUCUUACACUCACUUCGUAGGCCAAUGUUCUAACCGGUUACGUCGUCGUUGCAGCCUAUACAUACGCCAAGCUGCAGGUUCUAAAAGGACCGAAAAACAAUUUUAUGCUACCCGUUAUUUAAGUACAACGUAAAGUUCACGAGUCAUUGUGUCCAAUCACAAAGUGCUAAAGAGGAAAAUUGCACGGAACCUUUUCAUCACAAUUUUUCAAUCUGCAGUGAGGGUGCAGUCGUACGCUAGAAACAUGCUGGAAACAGGGAUAGGUAAGUGCGACAGCGAUUAUAGGACGGCACUGGUGGGAAGCAGACAACUGCGGCCCUAGCUGUAGGAAUGUAAUAUCUUGUUUAUCAAGCCAAUGUUCUCACUGCUCAUGGUUUCUGAAGCAGCGACUUAUUUCUGCAAUUAAAGGUGGUGUCCAAAUUUACGUCCCAGCUACGGCUUCCUCCAAGUAAAAGAAACUGAUCCCUGAAGACCAUGCUUUUGUUGGCUGCAUGCACCAGGUUUUGUUGGUGUUUUAGCGAAGCCAAGCUAAUUAAGUGGUAGGAUAUGAAGGUAGUACUAUUACUUUAAGAAAGUAAUAUUUUUUGUAGGGAUGACGUUCUUGCUGUUCGUGUUUUUUGAAGUAGUUUGUUUCCUAUAAUAAACGGUUGAGUCCAAAUUUUA